GAAGUCCGUUCAUCGGUGUUCUAGUUUUCAUCGAUUUACGAUCACCAUUGAAGAACCUUUUGGCAAGAUGUCGAGCUUCGGGAGGAAGCGGAAGAUCUUGACGGCCUCCUUGGGGAUGCUUGCGCGGCCGUAACCGUCGAUGAAGGUGGCGGCGAACAUGUCCUCGUCUGGCCGGAGGCGAUCGGGCAUGUCGUCGAGGAGGAUGCAGAGAGCGUGGUUGAGCAUGGAGUUGUGGACGAGGGACCGGACGGAGAUCUGGAGCCGAGUAGUCCAUGGUCGGCGAGCCAUCAUGUGGCAGAUGAUCUCGUGGAGCUCGAUCUAUUUGCUGCCUUGUCGUCGCUUUUUUGCUCGCCGACGACUACCCGCGACCGUGAUCCUCAACUUUCCAAGACUUCCUCAGCCAUUUGGACCCAAAAACUUACCCGUACUAUGAUUCAACAUUGAAAAGGGGCCCAGAGGGAGACUGCCACAUCCAUUGUUGAUGAACUGCACCUUCUAAAUCACGAUUUGAGUCACCAUUCCUCCAAGCUCAGUGCUAGUCGGCAAGGUCGUGACUCAGGCCGGGAUUUAAGUGGUGCUCUUCGCCGUAACCUUUUGGCGUUCGUGAUCUCUUUAAUAAUAUUUCUCGUGUCUUACUUUUCAUUUUUAAUAAUUACUUUAUCCUUUUAUUUAUCUUGGCGCUGCCGAUCGUCUCUUUCUCCUCCCUUCGGAGCUCGAAUCGAUCGAUUCCUUUCGAACAUUGUAGUUCUGAUAGGGAUUCCUCUCGAGAUUGUUCCCUCUCUGCCAGAAUUGGAUCUCUUGUCUGUGUUCGGUGACAGAUCUCGGUCGUCGGAGUUUCGAAUCGCACGAUUUCGAGGCGGCAGCGGCCGCGAGUGAUGAGGUGGUGUGAUUCCUCCGAGCUGACGCCUUAGAUCUUGCUCGGGUUCGGCUGAUCUCAGGGUUGGUGGCGGGGCAGAUGUUCGUGAGCCGGCCGACGGUGCACCCCGUGGAGGCACCGCCCCUCACGGAUGCGGCUGAGAACCCGCUCAGGGUGAGGAUGAAGGACGUACAGGGGAUGCCGGGGACGCACGGAGGUCUGGCGCUUCGUCUCCUCCAGUUCGCGUUUGCGGUCGCGGCUCUCGGCGUCAUGGUCUCCACCAACGAUUUCCCAUCUGUAACUGCCUUCUGCUAUCUGGUUGCAGUGACCAUCUUACAGAGCCUUUGGAGCAUCUCUUUGGCCGUGCUUGACUUAUAUGCUAUUCUUGUUAAACGCUCCUUGCAGAACCCUAAAGCUCUCUGUUUCUUUACUAUCGGUGAUGGGAUCACAUCUACACUGACAUUUGCUGCAGCUUGUGCAUCUGCCGGCAUUACAGUCCUGAUCGGUAAUGAUCUAAACCUAUGCUCACAGAACCACUGCACGAGCUUUGAGACUGCCACAGCCAUGGCCUUCAUCAGUUGGUUUGCAGUCUCUCCAUCAUUCCUCUUGAACUUUUGGUCGUUGGCAUCUAGAUGAAGAAUAAGAAUGCAACCUUCCUGUGUGAUUUCUUGCGUCUUAAGUCUCUUUUUCUGUUUAUAGUAUGAUGCCACACUGAUAGAACAGAUCAAAUAUAUGAGUUUAGUGUACUCUCGAAGGGUUGCUUCAUGGACGUUUGCAUUUUUGCGUCUCGGCCGUGUACCUGAGUGUGGUUUUUGAACUUGGUCAUAUAUUUAAGGUCAUGUUGCCUGUCUGCACUUGCUUAAUCGAUGAUGAUUCUUUUUCGAUA